CAAUCUCAUCCCCCGCUCUCUCUCUCUCUCUCGUCCUUCUCUCUCUCUCCCUUUCUUUCUCUCUCAUUCAACACUGAAACUUCAACAAAAGAAACUCUACUCGGUAGAACGACAAUGGCCUCUACUGCCGUCUCCAUGUUUAUACCGUUAACUUACACGGCCCAAAAGAGGCUGCCAUGGCCGAGCUCCGACGCCUUCUUCAAGCCCUCACCAGUAAAGCCUUGGAAGGCAAUUGCUGCACCGAAACCCAUUGGAAAAUUCGAAGCCAAGGCUUCGUUGAAGGAGAAGGCGGUGACAGGGUUAACAGCGGCAGCACUGACAGCUUCGAUGGUGGUUCCAGAGGUGGCGGAGGCUGCUGGGGGAGACCUUUCACCAUCCCUCAAGAACUUCUUGCUAAGCAUUGCAGCUGGUGGAGUGGUGCUUGGUGUAAUUGCUGGAGCAGUGGUUGGUGUUGCCAACUUUGACCCUGUCAAGCGGACCUGAGAAACAGUUCUGCCUAUGCUUCUGAGGAUUCUCUCUCUCUCCUGUAUCUACAUAAUGUUUUGUAGGCUUGUAGCAUGGCCUAGACCAUUGUGUGUGUAAUCUGUGAUCCAUUAGCUGCAAUUCCAGCCGUAAUUUGUGAGCCUUACGAUUUGGAAUUCCAUUUUUCAGAACAUACAUAUCUCAUUUCAGGAUUGCAUCAGAGGGGUUCACCGAUUGAUGAUAGUCAACCAGUGGAACUUCUCUACUUUUCUUCUUAGAAUUGCAAAGAAUGUGCAUUAAAUUGUGUUUCCUGGGCUGUUCAAUUUUUU